AUGGGCGGUAAGGUGAUGCUUUCGCGGCGAUCUUUUGCCUUGCCUUGGACGCCGUGUUCGUACUCGUAGUCGCUGAUGAUAUUUUGAAGAUUUAUAUAUGAAUAGCGAGUAUUUAUAAGUUUGUUUUUUAUGAAGUGAUCGGGUUAUGGUUUAAAGAUAGAAAGCCGGUUAAGAGACAAUUUUAUAUGUGUUGUAUUUGACCUGAGUACGAAGAUUACAGUAGUCCUGGAAACUGGAGUGAUAUUUUGUGAGUGUCGACGUUUAUGUGUGUCAACUGUGCUGAGAAGCGUUACUUAUUAUUUCUGAUUAAAGAUAUUUGAGCGUGGCGCGGUGAGGUGCAGUAGGUCGCGAUGACGACCGACAUCUCGGUGUCCCGCUGGGACCCGUCCAUCGGCCACGGCCAGGAGAUCAUCGACGAGAUCGAGUACGAUGGCGGCAACUCCUCCUCAAGGCUUUUCGAACGAUCGCGCAUCAAAGCGCUUGCAGACGAACGAGAAAGUGUACAAAAGAAAACUUUCCAAAAAUGGGUGAAUUCACACCUGGUGCGUGUGGGGUGCCGCAUCAAUGAUCUUAACGUGGACAUGAGAGAUGGAAAGAUGCUUAUCAAGCUGCUGGAAGUACUUUCCGGAGAGAGAUUGCCUCGACCAACAAAAGGCAAAAUGCGUAUACAUUGCCUCGAGAACGUUGACAAAGCCUUACAAUUCCUGCGCGAGCAACGCGUGCAUCUCGAGAACAUGGGCUCGCAUGAUAUCGUCGACGGUAACGCCAGACUCAACCUGGGUCUCAUCUGGACUAUCAUCCUCCGUUUCCAGAUUCAAGAUAUUACUAUUGAAGAAACAGAUAAUAAAGAGACGAAGUCCGCUAAGGACGCAUUGCUAUUAUGGUGUCAAAUGAAAACUGCCGGCUACAACAACGUGAAUGUACGCAACUUCACGACAUCCUGGCGCGACGGGUUGGCGUUCAACGCCAUCAUACAUAAACAUAGACCAGAUCUCAUACAGUUUGAGAAAUUACACAGAAGCAAUCAUAUUCAUAAUCUAAACAAUGCUUUCAAUGUGGCUGAGGAGAAACUCGGUCUUACCAAAUUGCUGGAUGCUGAAGAUAUCGCAGUUGAGCAUCCAGAUGAGAGAUCGAUCAUCACAUAUGUGGUCACAUACUAUCAUUACUUCAGCAAGAUGAAGCAAGAGACAGUUCAGGGUAAGAGGAUCGGCAAAGUGGUCGGAAUCGCUAUGGAGAACGAGAAAAUGAUGCAGGAGUACGAGUCACUCACCAGUGAUCUUCUGCAAUGGAUCGAGCGCACCAUCGAAGCUCUGGGUGACAGAACUUUCGCUAACUCGUUGGAGGGAGUGCGUCAACAGCUCAUACAGUUCGCUAACUACCGCACUGUUGAAAAACCUCCUAAAUUCGUUGAGAAAGGUAACCUAGAAGUCUUGCUAUUCACUCUGCAAUCUCGCAUGCGUGCGGCUAACCAGAAGCCCUACACGCCUCGUGAGGGUCGCAUGAUCCACGAUAUCAACCGUGCCUGGGAGCGCCUCGAGAAGGCCGAGCACGAGCGGGAGUUGGCCUUGAGGGAGGAGCUUAUUAGGCAGGAGAAGCUGGAACAGCUUGCUGCCAGAUUCAACCGUAAAGCUCAGAUGCGUGAGACUUGGCUCUCUGAAAACCAGAGGCUCGUCAGUCAAGACAACUUCGGCUUCGAUCUCGCUGCCGUGGAAGCGGCCGCUAAGAAACAUGAGGCUAUUGAAACCGACAUCUUCGCUUACGAGGAGCGAGUGCAGGCUGUGGUGGCCGUAUGCUCCGAGUUACAGGCUGAGCGGUACCACGACAUGGAGCGCGUGUGCGCGCGGCGCGACAACGUGCUGCGCCUGUGGGCCUACCUGCUGGAGCUGCUGCGCGCGCGCCGCGCCCGCCUCGAGCUGUCGCUGCAGCUGCAGCAGAACUUCCAGGAAAUGCUCUACAUUUUGGACUCCAUGGAGGAAAUCAAAAUGCGUCUGCUGACGGACGACUACGGUAAACAUCUGAUGGGUGUCGAAGAUUUGCUUCAAAAGCAUGCUCUUGUCGAGGCCGACAUCAACGUACUCGGAGAGCGCGUUAAGGUGGUAGUGGGACAGUCACAGCGGUUCCUGGAGCAGGAGGAGGGCGGCUACCGGCCCUGCGACCCCGCCAUCACCGUGGAGCGCAUCCAGCAGCUCGAGAACGCUUACGCCGAGCUCGUCCAUCUCGCCGUCGAGCGCAGAAAGCGCCUCGAAGAUAGCCGCAAACUAUGGCAGUUCUACUGGGAUAUGGCCGAUGAAGAGAACUGGAUCAAGGAGAAGGAACAGAUCGUGUCUGUUGACGACAUCGGCCAUGAUCUUACUACAGUGUACCUAUUGAUCUCGAAGCACAAGGCGCUGGAGGCGGACGUGCUCGCGCACGAGCCGCAGCUCAUGAGCGUCGCGGCCGUCGGAGACGAGCUCAUCUCUCAGGGUCACUUCGGUGCCGACAGGAUACAGGAACGUCUCCGUGAUAUUCUAUCCCAGUGGAACCAUCUUCUCGACGUGGUGUCUCUCCGAAAGAACAGACUCGAUGCGGCGGUGCGCUAUCACCAGCUAUUCGCGGACGCGGAUGACAUCGACAACUGGAUGUUGGACACACUAAGACUUGUAUCAUCAGAGGAUACCGGUGUGGACGAGGCGCAAGUGCAAAGCUUGCUGAAGAAGCACAAGGAUGUCACCGACGAACUCAAGCACUACGCUAAUGUCAUACAGCAGCUCAAACAACAGGCGAGCGAGCUGAGCCCCGAGGACGCCAACAGCGGCGAGGUGCGCGAGCGGCUGGCCGCCAUCGACGCGCGCCACGGGGAGCUGGCCGAGCUGGCGCGCCUGCGCAAGCAGCGCCUGCUCGACGCGCUGUCGCUGUGCAAGCUGCUGGCCGAGGCCGACGCCGCCGACCAGUGGAUCGCGGAGAAGGACCGCAUGCUCGACACCAUGCUGCCGCCCAAGGACAUCGACGACGUCGAGAUCAUGAAGCACCGCUACGACGGUUUCGAUAAGGAAAUGAACGCGAACGCGUCUCGCGUGGCCGUCGUGAACCAACUGGCGCGACAGCUCAUUCACGUGGAGCACCCGCAGGCGCCCGCCAUCCAGGAACGGCAGGCCGCGCUCAACCAGGCCUGGAGCUCGCUCCGAGAGAAGGCGGAAGGAAAGAAAGACGACCUUAAAUCAGCUCAAGGCGUCCAGACAUUCUAUAUCGAGUGUCGAGAGACCGUGUCCUGGAUCGAAGACAAGAAGCGAAUCCUUCAACAGACCGACAACCUGGAAAUGGAUCUCAAUGGUGUGAUGACAUUACAACGUCGCCUGUCCGGCAUGGAGCGAGACCUGGCCGCCAUCCAGGCGCGCAUCACGUCGCUGGAGAACGAGGCCAGCGCCAUCGAAGACGAACAUCCCGACGAAGCGCGGCUCAUCCGAGACCGCAUACACACCAUCACGGACAACUGGGACCAGCUCACGCAGAUGCUCAAAGAGCGCGACGCAAAGUUGGAAGAGGCUGGCGAUUUACAUCGGUUCUUACGCUCCGUCGACCACUUCCAAGCUUGGCUCACCAAAACCCAGACCGAUGUCGCUUCCGAAGAUAUACCCGGAAGCCUCCCAGAAGCAGAGAAGUUGUUAUCUCAGCACCAGACUAUCAAGGAAGAAAUCGAUAACUAUAAGGAUGAAUAUGCUAAGAUGAUGGAAUAUGGAGAAAAGAUUACUGCUGACCCUUCGACCCAAGACGACCCCCAGUACAUGUUCCUGCGCGAGCGUUUGAAGGCGCUGCGAGAGGGCUGGGCUGAGCUGCAGCAGAUGUGGGAGAACAGACAACAGCUGCUGACACAGAGCCUCGAGCUUCAGCUGCUGCAGCGAGACGCGCGCCAAGCGGAGGUGUUGCUGGCUCACCAGGAGCACAGAUUAGCCAAGGCUGAACCACCUGCGAAUCUAGAACAGGCCGAAAACACCAUCAAGGAACAUGAAGCCUUCCUUACUACCAUGGAAGCCAAUGAUGAUAAAAUCAACUCUGUUGUUCAAUUCGCUAACCGCCUCGUCGAAGAACGACACUUUGAUGCUGAUAAAAUCCAACGUAAGGCUGAGAGUAUACGGGCAAGACGAGACUCCAAUCGUGAUAAGGCACUACAGCAGAUGGAAAAACUGCAGGAUCAAUUACAGCUUCACCAAUUCCUUCAAGAUUGUGAUGAACUCGGAGAGUGGGUACAAGAAAAGAAUGUAACAGCUCAAGACGACACCUACCGCUCAGCCAAGACAAUUCACUCGAAAUGGACUCGCCAUCAAGCAUUCGAAGCGGAAAUCGCAGCCAACAAGGAACGUCUAUUUGCGGUACAGAACGCGGCUGAGGAACUUAUGAAACAAAAACCAGAAUUCGUAGAAGUUAUUUCUCCUAAGAUGCAUGAACUUCAAGAUCAAUUUGAAAACCUCCAAACAACGACUAAAGAAAAGGGUGAGCGUCUAUUCGACGCAAACCGUGAGGUUCUCCUUCACCAGACUUGUGACGACAUUGAUUCAUGGAUGAAUGAGCUCGAGAAACAAAUCGAAAACACAGACACUGGCACUGAUCUGGCAUCUGUCAAUAUUCUUAUGCAGAAGCAACAGAUGAUCGAGACUCAGAUGGCGGUAAAGGCUAAGCAGGUUACCGAACUCGAAACUCAAGCGGAAUACCUGCAAAAAACCGUUCCUGAUAAGAUGGAGGAGAUUAAGGAAAAGAAAAAGUCUGUGGAGCAACGUUUCGAGCAGCUCAAAGCACCCCUUUUGGAUCGCCAACGACACCUUGCGAAGAAGAAGGAGGCGUUCCAAUUCCGCCGAGAUGUAGAGGAUGAGAAGCUAUGGAUACACGAAAAAAUGCCUCUGGCAACCAGCACCGAUUACGGAAAUUCAUUAUUUAAUGUUCAGAUGCUUCAAAAGAAGAACCAAUCAUUAAAGACGGAGACCGAUAACCACGAGCCAAGAAUAUUGACAGUUAUUUCCAACGGGCAGAAGUUGAUUGACGAGGGACAUGAGGAUGCGCCCGAAUUCAAAAACCUUAUUGAAGAACUCACUGCGAGGUGGCGAGAACUUAAGGAUGCCAUCGAUCAACGUAAGGACAACCUGGCCCAAUGGGAGAAGGCUCAGCAAUAUCUAUUCGAUGCGAAUGAAGCCGAAGCGUGGAUGAGUGAACAAGAACUUUAUAUGAUGGUGGAGGAUCGUGGCAAGGAUGAGAUCUCCGCACAGAACCUGAUGAAGAAACACGAGAUUCUGGAGCAGGCAGUAGAUGAUUACGCACAGACUAUCAGGCAGUUAGGAGAGACUGUUCGUCAACUGACCAGUGAAGAACAUCCUUUGAGUGAGCAGAUUUCCGUUAAGCAAUCACAAGUGGACAAAUUGUACGCCGGUCUGAAGGACUUGGCUGGAGAAAGACGUGCCAAGCUGGACGAGGCGCUGCGCCUAUUCCAACUGUCGCGUGAGGUGGACGACCUGGAGCAAUGGAUCACCGAGCGGGAACUCGUCGCCAGUUCGCAAGAAUUGGGGCAGGACUACGACCAUGUCACGCUUCUAUGGGAGAGAUUCAAGGAGUUCGCUCGCGAGACUCAGUCGGUGGGAUCGGAGCGCGUGGCCACCGCGGAGCGCAUCGCCGACCAGAUGAUCGCCAUGGGACACUCCGACAACGCGACCAUCGCGCAGUGGAAGGAGGGCCUGCGCGAGACCUGGCAGGAUCUGCUCGAGCUCAUCGACACCAGGACGCAGAUGCUGGCGGCAUCUCGCGAGCUGCACAAGUACUUCCACGACUGCAAGGACACGCUGCAGCGCGUGAACGAGAAGGCUCGCGGCGUGAGCGAGGAGCUCGGCCGCGACGCCAUCAGCGUCGGAGCGCUGCAGCGCAAGCACCACAACUUCAUGCAGGACCUCAGCACGCUCCAGCAGCAGGUGGAGGCCAUCAGCAGCGAGUGCGGGCGGCUGGGCGCGUCGUACGCGGGCGACAAGGCGGCGGAGAUCACGCGGCGCGAGGGCGAGGUGUCGGAGGCGUGGCGCGCGCUGCAGGCCGUGUGCGCCGCGCGCCGCGACAAGCUGGAGGACGCCGACCAGCUGUACCGCUUCCUGAGCCAGGUGCGCGACCUCACGCUGUGGAUGGACGACGUCGUGCGCUCCAUGAACACCGGCGAGAAGCCGCGCGACGUGAGCGGCGUCGAGCUCCUGAUGAACAACCACCAGUCGCUGAAGGCGGAGAUCGAAACGCGCGAGGACAAGUUCACGGCGUGCAUCGGGCUGGGUCGCGAGCUGCUCGCGCGGCAGCACUACGCGUCGCCCGACAUCCGCGACAAGCUGCUGCAGCUCACCAACCAGCGCAACGCUCUGCUGCGCCGCUGGGAGGAGCGCUGGGAGAACUUGCAGCUCAUCCUGGAGGUCUAUCAGUUCGCCCGCGAUGCGGCCGUGGCGGAGGCUUGGCUCAUAGCGCAGGAGCCCUACCUCAUGUCGCAGGAGCUCGGACACACAAUCGACGAGGUGGAGAGCCUCAUCAAGAAACACGAGGCCUUUGAGAAGUCGGCCGCCGCGCAGGAGGACCGCUUCAGCGCGCUGCAGAGGCUCACCACGCUUGAACUGAAUGCAGCAACACUAUGGCCUACCGCACAACCUUGGGAUAAAUGUGAUGAAUCAUCCUUUGUUUUCCAAUUCCCACCUCCUAAACGAGAAAAACCAUCACUUAAAAUCGCAACUGAAACUACUCGACCAGUUGGAGAAGUGGUAUACGACAUCAUAAACACAAACGACAGAUUCAAAUUACCCGAAAAGUUUAACAAAAGGAACUUAAACAUAAAUUACUCCCAAAAACCGGCAACUAAAAACGAUUCUUACCUUUGGUCGGUCGUAACGAACAAUAGCUUAUCUACGAUUUCCGAAACGAGUAGUCCUCCAAUGUCUCCUCAUAGAGGGCCUUUAUCACCCGAAAUAUAUAGUUCAAUUUUCUUUGAAUAUACUUCAGAGAACGAUAGGUCCAAUGAGAAAUUGUCGUCAAUAGACUUUAUGUUAUGGGAAAGAUUGUCCUAUCAGCACGUCUAUCCAAACGUAUCUUUGCUAAGACCAGCAAGAAGCCAAAGUGAGUCAUCCUCUAAAUCCGGUAGUAUAAAAGGUUUAAUGAAAAGAUUGUCGUGGAGAAAGAAGUCCAUAGACAGCGACCAGAAAGCUGACGUAGCCGUGUUAUCUCUACCUGGACUAACGAGCAAUAUGAGAGCCGUCAAUGACUUAGGCAAAGAAGUAAAAAUUAUUCCCCUCUCCUCUUCCCUCUUAUUGUUGUCCCAAACACGCAGUUUAUUGUUUCCGGAGGGUGCAUGGUACUAUAACUACUUGGAUAGUUUCGAAGUGAAGGAGAUGAAGCGGCGCCAGGAGGCGGCCGAGGCGGCGGAGCGCGAGAGGCAGGAGCGCGAGGCGGCCGAGGCGGCGGCGGCGGCGGCGGCACAGGACGCCGUCGACCGCGCCGCCUCGCCCGAGCCGCAGCCGCCAGUCGUAAGGAGAACAUCCACUAAAGCGGCUGAGAAGGCCCAAGAGCGACCGCAUUCCCAGCCAGAGGCGCCUAGCCCCGACCCCGUCCCCGCCCCCGCCCCCGCCCCCGCGGACGGCCCGCAGCAGGACACGCCCCGCCCUUCCUCGUCGAAACAGACACCAGCUAAACCCGCACGCCUCUCCACGGCCGGAUCGAGCUCGACUCCCGUAACGCCGUCCACCUCUGGUAAGGUGAAGUCGCGGUCUCGAAGCAAGUCGCCCUUCCGCAGUUUCCGCUGGCGCACUGCAAAGAAGCUGCUCACCGGCGCGCACCACAGCGACGAUGAAGAGGGCGCGAGUCCCGCCGGGGAAGAUGAAGGUGUGGAGGGCACGUUAGUUCGUAAACACGAAUGGGAGUCUGCAGCUAAACGAGCUUCCAAUAGAUCAUGGGACAAAGUAUACGUAGUUGCGAAGGAUGGACGCAUGUCGUUCUACAAAGACCAGAAGGCGUAUAAGUCGGCGCCCGAGCAGUACUGGCGCGGGGAGACCCCGCUCGAUCUGAACGGAGCCGUCGUCGAAGUCGCCGCCAACUACACCAAGAAGAAGCACGUCUUCCGUCUCAGGCUGAGCAACGGCGCGGAGUUCCUGCUGCAGGCGCACGACGAGGCGGAGAUGGGCCAGUGGCUGGAGGCGCUGCGCGCGCGCGCCGCCGCGCCCGCGCCGCGCUCGCACACGCUGCCCGCGCACCACGCCGCCGAGCCCAAGCGCCGCUCCUUCUUCACGCUCAAGAAGAAUUAAGCGGCGAGGGACCCUCGGACAGCCGCUCGUAACGCCCGCAUCACGUUUCUCAUUACGCACGCCGCGUCCCCGGCCCCCGAGCCCGGCCGUGCCCGGCCCGUGUCCGGUCGCGCUCCGGCACGCCGCGGGGCCGGACCGGACGCCGCAUAUUUCUCACGACGCUUGCUACCGUAAGCUUUGCUAAUGAUGAAAUUGUGUCGAGCGGCCGCACUGACGACUGUCAACUGUUUGUUAUUAUUUUGUUGCGUACAAAAAAAAAACGUUAUUUAAGACUGUUCGAUAUUUGAGUGUUUGAAUUGUUCGCCUUCGUCUGAUAUUGUAUUUAUUGGUCGGCCGCAGCCGAGCCGAGCCGAGCGAGUAAAGAUAUAUUUUUAUCCGAGUAUGAUACGAUCCCACCCCGACGUGUAAUUGUUGUAUCUUGUAACGAUUAUAAAUUUAAUACAUUUUAUUAAAUUCUAAAUGCGACGAUAUUUAUGAAUAGAUGACUUUUAGUGUUUAUCUCAGAUGGAAAAAAUAUAUAUUAUUUAUUUAUAUACGUAUAUCAUAUAUGUAAUUGAUAAAUUAUAGUGUAAAUUCAUUUGAACUAGAAAUGUAUGACGUUCGUUUGAACCGAAAAUUAAACUAUCUUAGAUGUUUUAUUAGACUACUGAUGACGACCAAGCAAAGAUCAAAAAGGAAUUCUAAUCGCAUUUGAUAAUAGACGAGAUAUGUAUAUGAUUGUAACCGCAUUUACAACACAUAGUUAAUUUACCCAGUUGAUGUCGUUUUAUUCAUUGACUUCGCUACAACGGAGCGACGAUACAACCGACCUCCCGUGUAACGAGAGCUACGUAACUCAAUUAGAAUUAAUUUUCAUUGUGAAGUGUCUUCGAACUUCGACGUCGCUGUCGGUUGACAAGUGCCGCUUUUAAAAAAAUAAAUUUAUAUCAAAUAUUUCUUAAUAGAUCCUUGGUAAUGUUAAGAGGUGCGUAGUCUAGGUGGUAGCGGGUACAGGGAGUACCGCGGCAGCGAUAUUGAAGUGUGUCUUUAUGAUAAUACGAGUUGUAAGUAUGCUUUAUGCCUCAUAUCGUGCUUUUAAGAGAUAAUGUCUUUAUAUUAUUACAUAUUAAUUUAAUGAUUAUUUUACUGCCAACAUUUCACAAAUUUGUUAUUUAACUUAUAACGUACGUUUGAAUUCACCCUUAUUAGAUGUUACGAUCACACAUUUUUAGUUCUGUUUUUGUCUUAUGAUUAUUGUAUAGAUUGCGCGUGAGUCGGUGUGAGUGUCGAACAUGUAAUUCUGCGCCUGCGCCUCUUGUCACACUACCGCGUGUAUAACUAUGUUUAAAUAUUUUAUUUCAAAAUUUUACUUUUUUGAGGAAAAUAUAAUAAAUGAUGUUUUCAAAUAA